GGGGGCCGGAGUCGGGCGGAUCUGGGUCUCCCCGGCGGGGACGCGGACUGCUGGCUGCCUCCCAGGGGGGACGAGCCUCCGUGCGCAGGCGCCGCGCGGGUGAGGCCGGGCCGGGAGGCCUGCGGGCUGCCGGGCCCAGCGAGAAGGUGCCUGGGUGUUCAUUUUCCAUGUGAAGACACUGAGGCACGGGGAGGCUGACGUCACACCAGAAGUGUGCCAAGAUGCCCAUCCUGGUAGGAGACGUCAUGAAGCUGCUCUGCUCCAUCUCUGAGGAGAGGAAGAUGAAGGCGGCCAUCAAGCACUCUGGGAAGGGCGCCCUGGUCACAGGGGCCAUGGCCUUCGCCGGGGGCAUGGUUGGAGGCCCACCUGGAAUAGCUGUUGGGGGUGUCGUCGGGGGUAUAUUAGGUGCAUGGAUGACAAGUGGACAGUUUAAGCCAAUUCCGCAGAUCAUAAUGGAGCUGCCGCCUGCAGAGCAACGGAAGCUCUUUAAUCAAGUCACCACCAUCAUCGGGCACCUUGAUUGGAUGGACGCCGUGCAGCUGACCACACUGGUCAUGGGCAGUGAGGCCCUGAAGCAGCAGCUGCUGGCCAUGCUGGUGAACUAUGUCACCAAGGAGCUCCAGGCUGAAGUCCAGUACGAUGACUAGGUCGUUCCUCCUGGGAUGCGGGAGUCUCAGGCACAUGAUGCAGACUCACAGAAGGGGACCGGGGGUUGGGAAAGCCUCACAUCAGUGUAUUACCUUAGAUGGAAUGAAAUCUGCCGGAGAGGCUACUGCUAUGCUCUA